GAAAUGGCGAAAUAGGGCUCUUGAAAUACCUAUUUUGCGUUCGAUAAAUUAACUAUUCUAAAAGAUAUGCAAUGUUAAUAACUAUCUUUUACCUUACAAACUGUAUUCCAUUAAGAGAUAUUAUUGGACUUUAGUGACAUUAACCAAUUAUAUAUCAAUAUUUAUUUCAGUGUUAAGAUUUCUCUAUGAAUAGUUUCGAAAAUAUAUAUUUAUCCACAGGAAAUGAAUAUGAAUAACUGCGGCGGAAUUGUAGGGGGAGGAGCUGGUACAUAUGAUGCAAAAAUUGCUGGAUUAUACGACUUAUUGGAUACUCUAGGUUCGGGACACUUUGCCGUCGUAAAAUUAGCCCGUCACGUAUUUACGGGCGAAAAAGUUGCUGUAAAAGUGAUCGAUAAAAGUAAAUUGGACGAUGUUUCUAAAUCACAUUUAUUUCAAGAGGUCCGCUGUAUGAAGUUAGUCCAGCAUCCAAAUGUUGUAAGGCUCUAUGAAGUAAUUGACACUCAAACGAAGCUGUAUUUGAUAUUAGAGUUGGGUGAUGGUGGUGAUUUAUAUGACUACAUUAUGAGACAUGAAUCUGGUCUUUCAGAAUCUCUAGCUCGGGAUUACUUUCGACAGAUAGUCAGAGCCAUCUCAUAUUGCCACAGGUUACAUGUUGUGCAUCGGGAUUUAAAGCCUGAAAAUGUAGUCUUUUUUGAAAAAUUAGGUGUAGUAAAAUUGACUGAUUUUGGUUUUAGUAAUAAGUUUUGUCCUGGACAAAAAUUAGAAACAUCUUGUGGAUCUCUGGCAUAUUCUGCCCCAGAAAUAUUAUUAGGUGAUUCAUAUGAUGCUCCAGCUGUAGAUGUUUGGUCUCUUGGUGUUAUACUUUAUAUGUUAGUGUGUGGUCGAGCACCAUUUCAAGAAGUCAACGACAGUGAAACAUUAACUAUGAUAAUGGACUGUAAAUAUACUAUCCCACCACAUAUUUCAAAUUCUUGUAAAAGAUUGAUCGGAAGAAUGUUAGUAAGAGAGCCUGAAAAGCGUGCUACUUUAUCAGAAAUUGCUACUGAUCCCUGGGUAACAGCUGGGGAAGGGGUGACUGUUGAAGACUUUGACACACCUCUAGUGACUAAACAAGAUCUGACUGAUGAAGAUCGACAGACCAUCAUUCAAAUCAUGGUUGAUGGUGACAUAGCUUCUAAAGAAAGAAUUUUGGAGGAACUAGAAAAAAGUGAAUACAACCAUAUUACAGCAACAUAUUAUUUAUUGGCUGAAAGACAACUCAGAUCCAAGAGACAAGAGGGUCGUGCUCAGUUGCGACGGCCGGAAGCACUGGGUGUGUCCCGUGGGCGCGGGCUGUUGGCGCCGCCGCAGUUGCCCGAAGCGCCACGCACUCCGCAGGACAUACCGCCGCGCUCGCGCAAGUGCAGUAUAGUGCGCGAGGAGGAGGACGACGAGGAGGGGUCGGCGUCGGGCGCGGCGCGCGCGCAGGACUCGCGCCGCGGCUCGCGCUCCGAGGGCCGCCUGCACCUCGCCCGCCCCGCCCGCCCCGCCCAGCUGGCCGAUAACCUUACUAAGGUUAAUCUGGACGACAGCGCGAAAACCGUAAGAUUGAGCAUAGCGCAAGCGGAUGUGGCGCUAACGGUGCAGACGAGCACGCGCGCCCCUCCCGCGCCGCCGCCCGCGCGCCGGCAGCGCCUCGAAUGCCGCCGCCGACGCCCAAGAGCUGGCUCUUGCUCCUCUUCCGAUCUCUCGGACGACGACUCGGAGAAGAAAAAACGGGCCCCCGAGCAUGUUGAGCCGCCCGUAGAGAGACCGAGGCGGGACUCGCACGACGACUCCAGCGACAGUCAGGAGAGGGGGGCGGGCGCUCGCGGGAGCAGGCCCGCGUCGCGGCCGCCGGCUAAUGCUGCGCCUACUGGUGGUGGCGGCACAACGGACUCCGGCGGGACGGGCGGCGGCGGCGGCGCGGGCGGCGGGGCGGGGGACGCGCGGGGCGCGGGCGGCGGGGCGGGCUCGGGCGGCCGCCGGCGCCGCGCUGCGCGCAACGAGAGCCGCCUCAGAGAGUCGCGGAGCCUUAACCGGAUCGCUGAGGUGGAAGAAGCGACAGCGGCACGAUGGGGUGGAGCCGGUUUCGUAGCGUUGUGCGGGCGGCCCUUCCUGCGGCUGCUGGCGGCUGCGCGCCCCGCGCCCUCCGCGCGCCGCCUGCAUGGCCUCUGCUAAUGACCCAGACUUCACUACACAAACCAUAAACCACAGACUAACUCUCCUCUAUCCUCUAUUGACCCGUGCGCCAAACGCCCGCUGCACUUCCACAGAUUAAACCAAGCCUUUCACGAUUUCAGCACAGUUGAAAACUAUUCUAUGUUGUAUUGCCUGCACGCGUAAUAUAUGUGGUUUAGUAAUCUUGUAUUCUGAUAAGAAUAGUAUUGUUCAAGUGCACCUAAGGUAAGCAACGUAGAUGUCGUGAAGUAACAACUCUCAGUAGUGACAAGUGAUGAUAGUACAUUUAAAACCUAAUUGGCUAAUAUCACUUCGCUGUUUGUAACUAAUGCCUUGUUUAUUUCUCCAAUAGCGGUAGUGGAGAGUUGUAUGCAACGCAAUAUUUCAGAAAAAUUCUAGUUGGAUUUUCAUUGUGAGAGAGAUUGGUACAUGAAAACCGCUCACAAAAAUAAGGUUUAUAUUGCUAUGAACAAAUUUCUUUACGAUAUGUUUUAAAUUUUACAAAUUUUUGUCCAUUACACGUAAAGGACGUAAAGGACGAAAGUAAUAAUCUGGACGCCGUCAUCCGACCGUCGUGAUCAUAUUGAAACGUUUUGUCACAUGCGUUCCGGAUUUUUUGUUAUACAUAAUUGCGAAAUGUAUAUUAUAUAGAAAGUAAUUAAACAAAGGCAUAAAUAAAUAUAUACGUAAAUACAGAAGUCCUUUGUAAUUUUCUAUAUUUUCUAGUGGAUGAAAUAUAAAAAUGUAAGGAGUCAUAAAAAGUAUCAAAAACAAGGAAAUUUUAAUAUUAUGCAUAUAUUUAUAAGAAAAACAAAAAGUAGACCGUAUUUCAAAUAUGACGUUAUUGAAGUAGAAGAUAUUAUUAAUAUUCGAAUAUAUUGGUGUUUCGCGAUGCCCCAUCGACGAUGCAAUAAAGCUUCGUGCGCAAUAAAAUUAUACUAAUUAGCGAGUGUGUGCAUGGCUGCCAUACAAAUACAAAUUGGUUGUCGUGUGAUAUAGCAAUCCUAAACAUAAUGUUCCUACGAUUGAGUCUCUGCUUCGGUUUAUUUAUUUUCAACCUUGCAGUCAAUUGCAAGCGAUGUCGGUUGCUAUACUCCCGUCGUGCUAUAAAAGAGCUGAGACGAUAGGAAGAUUUCAACAAAAAUACCUUUUCUAAUAUCGAAUUUCUAUACAUUAUUUUAUACAAAUUACAAAGAGUUUUAGAAACAUUUAAAUAAGGCGUCGCUUACGAAUUUUGUAUUAAAUUUGGAGAUGAUUUUCAUUUUAUAGGCGGCAUUUGCAUUUCGUCUUACAUCCAUGUAUUAGACACGAUACAUCGAUGACUCAACACUAUGAAUGAAAAAUAGAUUAGUUCAACAGGGUUUAUUAAAGAUUUGGUAUUUAAUGUGAAAUAAACGCUGUAGCUAUUCCAGUAAUAUUUGUCAUAUUUAAUUACAUUUACUCAGCACCUUGAAACACACCUUUUACCAUAGUGUUACUUAUACAAUGUGUUAUAGAUUUGCAUACAUUAGGAAAAGUAAUCAUUAUAAUUAUUAGAAUUAACGUUUUUCAUUAAGCUUAUCUGAUUGUAUUUUGCCAUAAUUGCAUUUUUGAGUACCUAUAAAUAGAAAUAAACAAGCACAUUUUUUUCUCAAAUAACAUUUAACUGUAAAGCAUUUUCUGGUUCAUUAAAGAUACUGUACUGCACUUUAUUUAUUUCAGUAAUUGUUGUUGUGGUUUUUUGGUGCUAAUAAUAUUUUUUGUACAAAAUGUUUGAUGAAAUUUUUCAUAUUUUGUUUAUUAAUUUCAAAAGCACUAGCAACGUAUUCAAAAAAUUCGUGUGUUUGACUUGGAUGUAUAUAAAAUCAUAGAAUCAUAAUAUAUAGAGGAAUUAUUUCAGUAAUUAUGACAGCAAAACGAGCAUAUUUAAAUAACUCCUCUGUGCAUCUCCGAUCUUUUACUUCCAACGUUGCCUGUUGAAGUUAUAGAUGCAUUGCUGGGGGUAAUUUGCCCAAUAACAUAGAGUUAAGUCGUAGACCUUUGUCCGCAUUUGUUAUCGCAAAUAUUUUCUCAUGAUACAAUAAUCACUGUAGAUAUGUUUUUCUUAUUUGUUACACUUAGGUAAUCACGUAGUGUAACAGCCAAAAGUUUAUUAGUAGUCUGCGUAAACACAGACACGUAUUUGUUAAAAAUUUCAUUUAAUAUUAAUUGUAAUUAAAUAUUGUUGAUCAAGUUAAAUGUUGUGUAUUAAGAUAUUUAUGUACAUAUAUUUUUUAAUUGUUGUAAAUAAAUAGUCUAUUUUAAAUUUUAUAUUAAUUAAUACUUAAGUUGACACUGAAAUUUUAAGUUUAUUUCGCGCAUGAGUUGUUUAUUUAACGUUGUGAAAAAUUUAUUUGGUUCGAUGCUCUUCCUUCCCCAACAGUACUCACAAGACCAAAGAAUACUAAAUAUAAUAAUAGUUUGUAAAAUGUUAUAUCUUGUGCCAAUGCAAUUUUUGUAGCUUUUUGUACAAAAUCUGCUAUUUCAUACGUAUAUUUUAAAGUACACAUAAUUGCUACCGUUAUAUUAUCUUGGAAUAUUUGUAACGUGUUUCAAGUUUAACACUUAUUAAAUGUAAAGUUUCGUUCUUGCAUCAUUUCUGAUUAUAUUUCAUAAAAAUGAGAGUUAUUCUAUGAUUGAUUAUAUUGUGGUCGUUUAUAUUAAUAGAAUUUAGAAUAGUUGACCUUAUAUUCAACUUAGAAUAUUUGAUUUUUUAUUUAACUUCUGAGUGUUAACAUGGAAACUAAUUUGAAGAUAAAUUAUUACACUGGUUGAUUUCAUGUUAGACUUAGGUUUAAAUCUGAACUUCAAAAGUUGUUCCUUAUACUUUAAACCACAUCCAACGACACAAUUAAAUGUUUUACAUGUGAUCACCGCCGUUGACCGCCUCCUUGGUACAGUGGUUAACGCGUGAGCGUAGAACUGAGGGGUCCUGGGUUCAAUUCCCGGUGGGGACACACAAAAAAAAAUGU